AUGAUGAUUCUAUCAGAAUUUCCCGAUCAGUAUUGCAAUGAGUUUCCGAGUCAGAAGCGCAGUAAGAGUAUCAAGGAUACUAUGAUAAGCCUUGACAAGACCUUCACGGCAAGGAACAGCCCCCUUAUCGUUGUUGUAAAGCAUAUCGGACACCGCGCUGUUCAUGGGAAGAUAGUUGCGACAGGCCGACUUCUAGGACGGAGAGCACUCAGCUCUAGAAUCAGCUUAUGCGAGCAACGAACGAAACGGCGUCCCAGAAAGGGAAUCGAGUGGACUGAACAGCCACAAUUUGAUCUGAAUAUGAAACCUCUCCAGGAGCUUUCCGAAUUUUACACCCUAGCCCUCUCACGACGGGGCCUAAGGUUUAAUCUAGGGGCUUAUCUUAUAAGGGCUAAUAUAGCUUCUUUCUAUAGAAAUAGAAGAGAUUACUUAAACCUAUAUGCCUUAAAAGAGUUAGAAGUCUAUUAA